AUGGCCAGGCGUCUACAUCUAGCCUCCGUACCACUGCCUUUUGCAACUUUCAUCAGCCCCCAUAAGGCAGGCCUGAUUAGAACCCGUCUCUUCUCUACGGGCCAUAUCAUGUCUUCAUGUUCCGACUUAUUCGACUAUAAUGACGCCUUACGGCACCGGGAGCGGAGGCGGGUCCUUAAUAUUCCAGAGCUAAAGCGUCUGGCGGCUUCAUCAAUCCGCCAGAAGGAAGAAGAUGUAGUCGGUUUUCAGAAGCUUGCCGAGGGAGGGUUCAAUAGAAGCUUCUUGAUCACUAUGCGGGAUAAAUUCCAAUUUGUUGCCCGCAUUCCAUAUCCAGUAACCCAGCCAAAGAGUUUAGUGAUCGCGAGUGAAGUAGCGACCAUGGAUUUUCUUCGCUCGCAUGGCAUGCCGGUUCCGAAAGUCUACGGCUACUCAGCUAAUGCGAAUAAUCCAGCUCAAACGGAAUAUAUCUUCAUGGAACUCAUCCAAGGACAGAAUCUGGGCGAUAUUUGGUUCGAUCUCCCUAAAGAGAAGAGGACCAAGCUGAUCGCCAUCAUUCCGAGCUCUUCGCCAAGCAACGAAGGCCGCUUCUGCAUUGGUCCUGAUACAUCACUUGGACUAUAUCAAGACUGCCUCGCAGUCCUCAAUGCCGGCGCCAGAAAGGAGAUUGUGUAUCUUUCGAGAUUCGGGCAGCCGCUUCAACCCUUCAAGCGUCUUCGCAGAGAGUCUUACAACUACCAGCCACAAUCACAUCUUGAUCACAUCGCGACUCUCGAACAAUAUCUUCAGAUUGCACCUAGUCUUGUACCUCGCGACAAACCAGCUCUUCAUCGGCCUCACAGCACGAUUCUCCCCCGUUUCCUGCGUUGCGGCAUUCCCAAUAGUUUGCAAAAUUACGGCGACGACACCUCUGAAUCUCUUCAGGAACCAAGCCUCCCCAGCAAUUUCAAUGAGCUGGAACUAGAAGAGCAAAAUCAACAGGCCGAACUCUUUCGCAGGCGUCAGCUUCACUACCUCUACGUGAAAACAACUUCGGAGAUGAACCCUGAACACUACAACGCCUUGGCACAUGAUUUCAGCAUGCUAAGACGGCGACUAUUUCACUACGCAAGUGAUCCAUGGGAGGGUGAUAAUACUACACUAAAGUCAAAUCUAAUCACGUUGUCACAAAAGUGGGCCGAUAUCAAUGGUGGUGAUACACCACCCUGUCCACUUGUAUACUCAGAGGCCGAGGCGAACGAAUGCUUGAGACUCUUACACGCACAGGCAGAAGCAGAUGAGCAACUCAAGAUUUGUCAGAAUUUGGUCGGAGUUGGAACUGAGGGUUGGGUACCUAUAGAUCAGUAUGAGGGAGCCAGGGCACGUGCACUGACAUUGAAGGAGGAUACCCUGGACGCGGCUGAGUCAGCAGAAGAGAGAAUGAGGAUAGAAGCAAAUUGGAUAUUUGAUGACUUCUGUGAGGAUGAUUAUCUGUAA